CAAAAGGCAAAAUUGGGAAUCGCUAGCAUCCCAUCGCUGCACUGCACAAACGGACAUCAAUAUCUGCAUUGCGGCUGAUUAUCUCUAAUUCCGCUCGCGUUUCCAGCAGAACACCGACGGAGAAAAGAAACAUAAGACUGACUGACUACCUCCUACUUAUAUAUCUUUUUUUCAUCAUCAUAUCAUCAUCAAUCCUCCACCCAGCUCAGUCUAAAGCCCUUCUGCGUUCCCCCUGCUACCACUGCAACACUUUCCCCGUUCCUUACCCAAAUCACCAUGGAGGGCUCGGCCUCGGCGGCGCACCGAAAGAUCGAGCUCCAGGCCCCCGACGACCUGGCAUAUCUUCUGGCCAAUGUACGGCGCGCGGCCGCGGCACGUCUGGACGAGGCCUUUCCGCCGGUGGACGGGGCAAGCGGCGCCGCUGCCGAUGGUGACGAAUUGCGGACGAGGAUCGAGGAGCUUGUUAAUGAGUACAUCACCAAAACCUUCACCCUCGCAGGCCCCAACCUUUCCAUCAAUGGCAUGCCCGUUGACGCAGCACAAUACCUCUCCGGCAGUUCUUCCGACCCGCAGCAGCCCGAAGAAGUCUACGAGCCGUUUGACGCGCGCAAGCGCGCCCGUCUCGAGGAGCUAACGCGCGAGGAAGAGGACCUGCUGCGGGACAUUGCCGCCUUGAAGAAAUCCGUACCGCACGCCGCAGCCGCCUCCUGGGCCGAGGCGGCGCGCCGCUCCGUCGCUGACGACGAGCAGGCCCUUGCCGCGGCUAAUGAGCGUGCCGGCGCUGAUGGCAGUGAGCCGUUGCUGGGAGACCUGAGUAAGGGGCUUCCUCAACAGGAUGAUGUUGAGAGCGGCUACGAAGACGCGAUUAGGGGGUUGGGCAGGUUGAAGCGCGAGAUGCCGUCGGUGGUGGCGCGGAUGGAGAGGGCGCGGGGAGCAGGAGAGUACGUUGUAACAGAGCGGUGAAUGUGUCCCCUUUUUUUGCCCCUUUCUAUUGAUCUGUAGGGAAAGAGGCGGUGGAGUUCCGACUACGCUCUAGGAGGUGAUGGCCAUCAUAUCUGGUCUACGUGUAUGCAAAGUAUGCGAGGGGGGAAUAGAAGACGGGAGGACCGUGCCGAGAUAUGCGGUAGCAAGUUCGGAUUGCCCUCCUUGACUUGGAGACCAAUUACAUCUUCACAUGGAAUCCAUCGGCCUCUAAUAUCAUGAAGCCAUGCUUGAGCAACCCUACUACAAAUAAAACCA